UUCCGCUUCCUCCUGCCUGGCGCCCUACCACCACCCUUGCUGCCACUGCCGUUACUUAGCCGGCACCUCAUAGGCUCUCUCCUCCCAGCCCUGGUGCCCGCAGGAGCUCCGGCCCUGAGCCAUCACUGUCACCGCUGCCAUCAUCACUGCCACUCCAGGCUCCGGACACGAUGCAGGCCAUCAAGUGUGUGGUGGUGGGAGAUGGAGCCGUGGGGAAGACAUGCCUUCUUAUCAGCUACACCACCAACGCCUUCCCUGGAGAGUACAUCCCCACUGUGUUUGACAACUACUCAGCCAACGUGAUGGUGGACAGUAAGCCCGUGAACCUGGGGCUAUGGGAUACAGCUGGCCAGGAGGACUAUGACCGUCUGCGGCCUCUCUCCUACCCCCAGACGGACGUCUUCCUCAUCUGCUUCUCUCUCGUGAGCCCGGCCUCCUAUGAGAACGUCCGUGCCAAGUGGUUCCCCGAGGUGCGGCACCACUGCCCCAGCACGCCCAUCAUCCUGGUGGGCACCAAGUUGGACCUGCGCGAUGACAAGGACACCAUCGAGAAGCUGAAGGAGAAGAAGCUAGCACCCAUCACCUACCCACAGGGCCUGGCUCUGGCCAAGGAGAUUGACUCAGUGAAAUACCUGGAGUGCUCGGCUCUCACCCAGAGGGGCCUCAAAACUGUCUUCGAUGAGGCGAUCCGGGCUGUGCUGUGCCCUCAACCCACGCGGCCGCAGAAGCGCCCCUGUAGCAUCCUCUAGGGUUGCACCCAGCGCUCCCGCCUCCCUGGUCCUGACCCUCCAAGGACCCCUACUGGCACCUGCUGAUCACAUGGGCCCCUCCUCGUGGCAUUUCUUAGCAGAUGGUUGCAGAGCUUGGCUGUCCAUCUUCUCCUUGUCAGAUGCUCCCUGGGGCUGGGAGGGUGUGAGUUUGUGGCUUCGUGUCCCACCUUCUCAGGGACCAGAGGAAACCCCAAACCCACCAAGCCAUCCCUCCAUGUACCCGCGGCCACUGGCAGCUGCCAAACAAGGCAGUCACUUUCGCCUGAUGCCUGGAGACUCGGAGCUGGAGGGUUGCUAACUUUGCACGUGCACCCUCACGUGACCAGGCCCUUGCUGGCCACUGGGCAGUCUUCCCCACCUGACCUCUGUCUACAGAGUGGACGCGAGCAGCUCCCAAGUGUACCCUUCCUGGCUGGAUCUGCCUGUUUUGGACACCAUAAAGCUUAUCGAGUUCCCAACAGCCCUGGAGCUAUCUGCCCAUACACUCCAUGUCGGGAACCAGGUUCAGCUUGACCCUUGCCCUCUCUCUGCUCGUAGGACCCCGAGCAGCCUUCACCUGGGAGGGUCUUCACUCGCCCACCCUGCCAGGCAGGACUUUUGCUAUUGCAAAGAGAAACCCAAUAGAACCUGCUUCUGCAGAAAAUAAAGCUGAUUGGACUCAA